GUUCGAUUAAGUGCGUUUAACAAAAAGCUCCACUUUAAAUUGUUUAUUUGAGUUAAUUUUAUUCGAUAUAAACAAUAUCGGAUUUGAUUUUGUAAUAAUGGACGCGUGUAUAAACGAGCCGUGCACCAGCGGGGAUGAGCAGAGAUCGGCGGGCGUCAGAGUUGUCGUUCUUAAUCUCCCAGAGGAUGAAGGCGAGGGUCUCGGAUUUAGACUGACCAGGACACUUUGGGAUCCAUAUCCUUGGGUUCGUGAUGUAAAAUCUGGCGCAAGAGCUGAUUUAGCAGGCUUGAGAGCUGGUGAUUGUUUGUUACAAGCUGAUGGGAAGGACCUAUUGGGGAUGCCGGUAGGUCAAGUAGCAGGACUUAUCAGAGGCGAUGGAACAGGCGGCGGAGUCACUCUGCUUGUAUGGAAUUGCGGUGUAGAUCCUAAUGAUGAUCCUGAGUUACUAUGGAGUUGUGGCGGAGGUUCCCGCGGAGAGAAGUCCCGGCGAGCUCUGGCUGGAGUUAUCAAGGCUCUGUCGUGCUGCGUGUGCGCCGCCACCGCUACUAAAGCAUUGACAUGCGCCCGAUCACAUCUCUACUGUGAAGUCUGUUGGACUCGAUUAGAGCGUUGUGCGUUAUGCAGAGAAAACCUACCUUCGAAAGAUUCUCCGUAUUCAAGGAAUUUGGUAGCUGAACAGGUAUUCGAAGCUAUCGCUACGGAAUACGAACUAAAAGAUACAAUUCGAAGAACUUCUAAAUGUACAUCCGCGUAUACAUCUCCAGAAAGAUCUCCAAAUAUAUCACCCACUACAACUAGGAGAGGACAAUAUCAACUCUCAAUGAUGAAUAAAAGCAAAAGGAACAUACAAAAUAACGACAAAUUCCCAUCAGACCCGAAUAUACAUCGUACAUUAAGCAAUAAACAUGCUAUAACACCAAAUCCAACUAAAACAGUAGAUUAUUUAUCCGCUGGCAACAUCGGAAAUGUCAACUGCAAUUGUCACAGAUUAAAUAAUGACGCAAACCAAGGGAAUGUGUCACAGAUUCUAGUGGAAGAUGCCGAUAAUUCCACAAUAAAUUGUAAUAAAGCAAUACAACAUAAAUUAGUAGCGAAUUUACGACAAGCUUGUUCUAUGGCGGAUUUGCAUACGGCUGUGUCUGGAUGUUCAUUGUCGAAGUCGUUAAAUAAUGUUAGUAUAGGAAAUCAAUGUUGCAACAAUGGCGGCCAUAGCAACUCGUUAGAUAAUUUUAAAUCCAAUUGCAUCGCGACUUGUGAUCCACCUGUGUACGUGUUAGCGGCGCCUCAACCAAUUUACCCUUUAGCUUGCGAUCAUGUUAAAAAUUGAUAUACAAUGUGCCAUUUAGACUAGUUUGUAUUAAUUUAAUUAAAUAACAAAUUUAAGUACUG